AUGCAAGUGCUACGGUGGACCUUCAUGCUCAUAACAUUGUGCGGAUGUUGGCGACUACCUUCUUGGAACUCAACACCCUGGAGAUACCUCUACAAUGUGUACACGUGGACGUGUACAUUAUUGACACUCCUCCUCCUUGUCGGUGAAAUUCUGGACCUAGUUCUCACUGUUGACAACCGGAGCGACCUCAGCGAGAAUUUGUUCAAAACAAUGACCUUCGCUGUCGAUUGUUAUAAACUAGCCACCAUACUGUCCUCGAGAGAGAACAUCGAAACUCUGAUGGACAUCCUUGAAUCGGAGCCGUUCGCACCAGUGAGCGACGAGGAACUGGAAAUUCGGACGAAGUUUGACAAAUCGGCCGAAAUCCUUAUCAAUCCUCCAAUCAAUGUCACGGAAAAUGUUUUACACGUUUGCAGGAAGGUCAUGAAGAUCUAUAUGACCGGCCUUGAUGUGUGGUCAGCAUGGACGGUGCUAGGGUCGCUGGCGGUGAAUUUUACGAGCAGGAAGUUGCUGUACCGUGUCUGGCUGCCGUUCGAGUAUAAAUCGGCAACAAUUUUUUCCUUGGUCUACCUGCACCACGCACUGAUCACCGUGUUCAGCAUCACAUUGGCGGUCGCAUAUGACAGCCUGUUCACCGGGCUGAUGAUACAUAUAUACUCUCAGUUCGAGAUACUCGGCUACCGUCUGCGAAACGUUCACAGGAUGGCGGACGAUUCAGUGAAACAUUGUGUCCGUCAUCAUGAUCAGAUCUACAAGUUUGUCCUAAUGCUUUGUAUCGGUAGAGAUUCUAGGCAUUCUAGAAAUUCUAGGCGAUUAUGCUUUAACACAUUGACUGCCAAGUCUACUUCGAAGAAAUCUGCUUGUAAAUGCCACAGUAGCUCAUGUUUGGCAGUCGAUGUGUUCGCCAACAUGGUGAACGACGAGUUCAAAUCUGUGACUUUCAUACAGUUUUUCAUGACCACCGGCGUCAUGUGCUUCAGUCUCUAUCAACUGUCGCUGUCGGAGCAUAGCGGCAACCUAGCUGACGUUUUCUUUUAUGGUUCCUGCUUGCUCCUGCAGAUUUUCUACUUCUGUUGGUUUGGAAACGAAGUCAAGCUCAAGAGUCUUGAGGUGGCCGACAUGAUUUUCGAAAGCGAAUGGACGUUGUUGAACGACAGCACGAAGAGGAUUUUACUGAUGAUGAUGCGUCGGGCUACGGUGCCGAUAGAAUUCACUAGUAACCACAUCGUCUCCAUGAACGUUGAGGCCUUCAAGACGUUGAUCAAGACAUCUUAUUCGGUAUUCAAUCUGCUUCGACAGAACUAA